CUCGUAUCUCACUUCCUCUCUCUUUCUCUCUCCCACACUCCCACACUCCACACACACUCUCACACGGGGCAGUGAGACGGGACUCCGCAAGCAGCAAAGGUCAGACUCGCGUUCCACUUCUCCACCUGCAAACAUGAGUUACUCUGGCGACGUCUACUCCAGCAGUUCCUAUCGGAAGAUCUUCGGGGAUGCGCCCCGGAGCUCCGGCCGCAUGUCGGUGGGCAGCAGCCCCUCUCGCCUGUCCGGCGGGUACCGCUCCAGCGGCUCACACCGCAACUAUGGCUCCCCAUCCAUGGUCACAUCCUCCGGCUACCGCAAGGUGGGUGCCGGGCGCAACUUCCACUCCUCCAUGCCCGACUCCAUGGACUUGACCCAGUCCACGGCCGUCACCAACGAGAUGAAAAUCAUCCGCACCAACGAGAAGGAGCAGCUCCAGGGCUUGAACGACCGCUUCGUCUCCUUCAUUGAGAAGGUCCACAACCUGGAGCAGCAGAACAAGGUUCUGGAAGCCGAGGUGACUCUACUGCGCCAGCGCCACACAGAGCCCUCCCGUCUGCACGACUUGUACGAGCAGGAGAUCCGGGAGCUGAGGGCGCGGGUCGAGGAGCUGACCCACGAAAAGAGCCAGAUGCACCUGGACUGCGUGCAGAUGAACGAGAUGCUGGACCGCAUGAAGGAGAAGCUGGACGAGGAGACGAGGCUCCGCGAGGAGGCGGAGGGCACCCUGAAGAGCUACCGUAAGGACGUGGAUGACGCCACGAUGUCCCGACUCGAGCUGGAGAAGAAAGUCGAGUCACUGCUGGAUGAGAUCGCCUUCCUCAGGAAAGUGCACGAGGAGGAGCAGCAAGAGCUGCAGGUUUCCCUGCAAGCCACACAGGUUUCAGUGGAGAUGGACAUGAGGGAUGGUAAACCCGACCUGGCUGUGGCCCUGAAGGACAUCCGUGCCCAGUACGAGGUCCUGUCAGCCAAGAAUCAGAACCAGGCCGAGGAGUGGUACCGCUCUAAGUUUGCUAGUGUGAAUGAGGCGGCCUCCCGCAACCAGGACCAGGUGAAGCAUAGCAGGGAGGAGCUAAAUGAAUAUCGCAGGCAGGUGCAGGCCCGCAGCCUGGAGAUCGAGGCUCUCAGGGGCCACAAUGAGGCCCUGGAGAGGCAGAUGGCUGAGAUGGAGGACCGCCAUAGCAACGAGAUGGGAGAGAUGCAGGAAACCAUCCAAGAGCUUGAGUCUGCCCUCCGCAGCACCAAGGGGGAGAUGUCCCGUCACUUGCGUGAGUACCAGGACCUGUUGAAUGUCAAGAUGGCCCUGGACAUUGAGAUCGCUGCUUACAGGAAGCUGCUGGAAGGUGAAGAGUGCCGUCUGAGUACAGUUGGCGGAAAUAUCUUGCAGUCAGGCUACUCUGGCUUCUCGUAUUCGUCCAGCCGCUCCUACGCCCUGGGUUCCUCCGCCCCUUACAGGAUGAGGGGAGCCAAGCCUGAGGAACCAGAGAAGGAGGAGGAUGAGGAAGAGAAGGAGGAAGAGGAGGAAGGAGAGGAGGGAGGGGAUGGAGAGGAGAAUGGAGAUGAGAAUGCGGUGGAGAAUGGAGAGGGAGAUGAGGAGGAAGAUGAGGAAGAGGAGGAGGAUGUUCAAAAGAAGAAGGAAGAGAAGGGGGGUGCUCCCAGCAAGAGCACCAAGAGCUAAACUGGUUGUGUCAUUGAUCAUCAAUGCCUUUUGCCCUACUACAGUCCACUCAUUCACUCAUAUGGAUCCCUUCGCUGUCACCUCAUUUCUGAUUCACAAGGACACACACGCACACACACCGUACUCACGCCAGAUGCCUCAUACACAUGUACCUUCUCCUCUCGUUCUCUGGGUAUCAAUAAUCAGCUGUGUGGUGGAAAAUAGAAAGACAGACAAUGCAGAGAGGUGUAUUACCCUGCCAGAAGAUAAAUCUGUAGCUACAUUUUCCCAGGAUUCUAUGUCACGGUUUUACUCCAUAGAUGAUGGUUACCACAGGGAGCAGAGAGAAGGUGGUCAACAUUACAGUAUUAAGCCAAUCAGUCAGCAAAAGAGAAUGCCUUAAAGCAAGUAUGACGUCAGAUUAAGAAGUCAGGGAUGAUAUCGCCCAGUAAGGUCCCGGCUUUAUGUGCCAUUAAUGAUAUGAGAUGUGGUUAUUAAGAGCAAUUCAAUUGUAAUCUUGAAAGUAAUAGUAGGAUACUGGUAGCAGCACACAGACUAUGCCUACUAUAUGCACAGAGGUCUAGAGCAUAGAGCUUUACCAACUUUUACCAGUCCAACAUUUAAGGUGCUUUUUGAAGAAAUACAUUUAAAAAAAAGUUGGAAACAUCUAAGGGAAUUUCAUUGUAGAAAAUGCCCUUUAAACCUUUUCAUGAAUGUUAGCGUAUAAUAUUGGGGACACAGAAAUCCACAUUAUGCCCAUGGGUGCAAUACCGUAUUCUGAGCUGAAGAUACAAACUGGCACACUGAAUGCUCCUCCCUCCUCUCUUUUUCAUUCACAGGAGAAAGAUAUAGAAUGUUCUGUCCAUUGACCCACUUUCUUUUCCAUCACUUUUCAUCACCAGAAAAGUAAAUAUUUCACCGCUCACCUUCCCCCCUCUCUCUGUCACUGCGAAUGUCAUAGCACGGCAUGACAACAUGGAUUCUAGAAAAAAGUACAUGAAAUCAUAGCGUUUAUUUGGGAGGGUUCUAAUUUCAAAGGUAGGAGAUAAGUGCAUUGUGCAGCACCUCUUCUGUGUUCAGAAGCACACCUUUCAGGAAUGAAAAAUUUAGAGUUUUAAAAUGCUGCUAUUUAUCACACUAUACCCUUAUAUUUGAUGUUGAAAUACCCUCUCUUGAUUGAUUCAUUUGUCACUGAAUAGAUAUGCCCUCAAAGUAAGAUAACUCUCUCUAAACCUGAGGUAAAUGUCUCUCCUAGUCCCUUCCUUUCCCCAGAGUGGUCUAAGUCUUGUUUGUUUACUAUCUGUGGUCGUUUAGUGCUCUGUACCCUUCAACCUUCUGGCUGGUGGUUUGAGUGGUAGAGUGUGUGUUGUUAAGUCCCAAACGGUACCAUAUUCCGUAUUUUCUGCACUACUUUUGAUCAGAGCCCAUCGGGAUGCAGCCUGUGUUUGCUUUUAGCAGUGUGCUCUGCUCCAGACAGUUAAGAGGCCUGUGGCUGCUGUGAAGGACAGCUGGAGGUGACAAUGAGUGAGAGACAGGCCUCCAUUCUGACUGCAUCACAGGCGGCCGGCCGGUGGCACCUUAAUUGGGGAGUACGGUCUCAUAGUAAUGCCUGGAAUGGAAUGGUAUCAAACACACCAAACACAUGGUUUCCAUGUGGUUGAUACCAUUCCAUUCACUCCAUUCCAGUCAGUAUGAGCCGUCCUCCCCUUAAGCAGCCUCAUGUGGACUGCAGGACCAAGUGGCAGACGGUGCAGACGCCACUGGGGUCAUGGGCGGUCACAUGGUGCUGCGCCACAGAUAAGGGCUAUUAUCACCAUAUAACCCCCCCCACCAGCACCACUACCACAACCACCACUGCAGUCUGAGAUGGACAGCAACAGUAUGUACACAGGGUACCCUAGGCAGACAUAUCAUAGCUGCACGAGAAGGACCAUAAUAGCAUACUGUAAGUUGUAUGGCUGGCUAGCUUCCAUCAUGGUGCUAAGCUAUCGAUAUCAGGACUAUCUGUGGGUCAGGAUACAGUGAGUGACUGCACGGAUAUGUAAGGUCAUAAAGAAUGAGUGAAAAUGUUAAAGAAGGAGACAUUUAUGAUUUACAGUGAUAAAAGGAAUAGUGUUGCAGGAAGUAUGUUUAGGGAAAGAAAAAUACAUGGAAAACCCCAAAUGGAAUGUACUCUAGAAUCCUAUACUGUAGUAAAAUUACCUGUCCUCCAAAAUUUUUGUAAACUUACCAUGGGCAAAUGUAUAGCUUCACAGAAUGUUAAAUGUUCUUUUUUUGAGACUGGCACACACUGUGGAAGGCCUUAUCCUUAACCGUUGUAGAUAUCACUCCUUUUUCCUUUCCUUGAGAAAUGAAUCAAUUGACAAGCAUUGACUGCAUGGCCUGAUUCUUGGGAGCUUGAAAACUGGGGAUGGGAUAGAUUUUGCUUGUUGAGUGUAAAAAAAGAUAAUUGCCUUAACCAUGAUCAAAACAAUAAAACAACCUUUUCACUUGCAGUACACAUGCUUCCGAGGUGGUUCAGGAGUGUUGACACAGACCAUUCAUUCUGCUACUCUACUGUGACUAUGUGCUGCUGUCUCAUGCAGUGAUAUUCCUCCCAAAGCCAAAUAAAGCGAUUUAUUAACCAAACACUCACAA